CUUGUUGUAACAGGUCGAACUGAAAUAACUUCAUUCUCUCUCACUACGACUGAUUCUGUACCGCAGGAACAUACAGAUCUUAUUCACCAACAGAGAUACAAAAGACAUGAAUUCAUCUUAUAAAGAUCCUGUUGAAUCUGAUUUACAGGAGCUCAGGAUUGUGCUGCUGGGAAAACAUGGAGUGGGCAAAAGUUCAGUAGGUAACAUGAUACUGGGCAGAAAGGCGUUUAAAGAGAUCAGCACAAGAGUGAGUGAAGUACAGAGAGGAAGAGUAGAAGAUCGAAAAAUCUCAGUUAUUGACACCCCAGGAUUCUUCAACACCGAAAUGACUGAUGAAGCUCUACAGAAUGAAAUGAUGAAGAGUCUUUCUCUCGCUUGUCCUGGUCCUCAUGCCUUCCUGCUCAUCAUCAGAUCAGACACAUUUACAGAACGUGAUGUUGUAAAGAUCUUAAAACAGAUUCAGGUCAACUUUGGAAAAGAAGCUUUCAAGUUCACCAUGGUGCUGUUUACUGGCAAACAGGUGAUGUCCAAAAGAGAAUGGAUCGAGUUUAGGUUGGAAAGGAAAACUAGAGAACUAUUAAGCUUCUGUGAGGAGAAAUGUUAUGUGAUAAAUCAUAAAGGAAAGCGUGAUAAGAACCAGAUCUCAAAUAUGUUGGAGAAUAUUGAUGAAAUAGUGAAGAAGAAUGAUAGAGAACAUUCCACUCAGAUCUACCAGAAGAUGGAGAAGAGAGAAGAAGAGACAAGGAGGAAAUCACAAGAAGGAAAAGACACAGUUGAGAUGAAAACUGCAGCCCACAGCAGACCUCUGUGUUUGAUUAGAGAUGAAGAACAAAGUGUUCACAAAGACCAAAAAGUAAUAAAUGACAGAGAUGGAUCAUGCAGUCCAGAUAGAAGAUCUCCACAUACAGAGAAAUGUUUGACUUCAGAAGUGCAGAAUGUGAAACCAUUAAACACUUUAAAAACAGAUGUGAGGAUUGUGCUGCUGGGUAAAAGUGGAUCAUCUAAAAGUUCAACUGGAAACACAAUACUGGGCAGUGAAGUGUUUACAGUGAAUAAGAGAUUUCUUUCAGUUACUGAGACCUGUGAGAAACAAAAAGCAGAAGUGUGUGGAAGAAACAUCACAUUGAUCAAAACUCCAGGACUAUUUGAUACAUCAGUGACAGAAGAGAAAAUGAAGUCUGAGAUUAAGAAGUGUGUGGAGAUGUCUGCUCCUGGUCCUCAUAUGUUUCUGCUGGUCACCAGACUGGAUAUGAGAAUCACAGAGGAGGAGAAGAACACAGUUAAAUGGAUUCAAGAAAACUUCUCAGAAGAUGCUCUAAAAUACACCAUUGUUCUGUUCACUCAUGUAGAUCAGCUGAAGAGUAAAUCAUUAGAUGAAUAUAUCAGCGAGAGUUCAGAUUUACAGACAUUCAUUGAGAGAUGUGGUGGCAGAUAUCACUCAUUUAACAAUGAAGAUGUGGGGAACCGCUCUCAGGUCACACAACUGCUUGAGAAGAUUGAGAAGAUGGUGGAGAGAAAUGGAGGGAAGCACUACGCUGAUGAAAUGUACAUUAGAUUACAAAAGAAGAUUGACAAUGAGACAGAACAGAAAGCACAAGAAAACAGAGUUAAAUGGAUAAAGGGAGGGCUGUUGUUCCUAAUAGGAGCUCUAGCAGCUGCAGCAGUAGCUACAAGUGGACUGGAAGGAUGAAUUUUCAAAAAUAAUAAUAAUUAACUUAAAUAAUUAACAGAAAAUAAUGGCAGAAAACUGCAAACACAAAUAAUAAAAACAACAAAAAAACGA